GGAGCGAGAAAGAAAACAAUCUCGAAGAGCGUUAAAGGUGGUAGAAGAACACUGUGCCUCGAAGGAGAACGAAUAACGAAUCGUUCAAAUUGCUCGGACAUCAGAUUAUUUGAACCACUGUUGGACCACUAACACUGAAAAACGACGGGAAAACGAGUGUUGAAUAGUUACAUGUGUGUCCUUGCCACGAAGAGAUCAGUCUCUCGAGGAUCGUCCUUGGAAUCGCUCGUCCCUGAAGCCGGCUCAAGGAGCUAGUGAUCUCGAAAACAAAAAUGGCGGACGUCGACUCGAGGGUGGAUCAUUCGGAUCCCGAAUUGCGGUUCCUUUCCGUUGACAGAAACAGUUUUAACGAUCCUGCUACCCAGGCGGAAUGGACGCAAAAGAAGCUCGUUUGGGUGCCGCACGAAACCCAGGGUUUCGUCGCAGCCGGAAUAAAAGGUGAACGGGGCGAUGAGGUCGAGGUGGAGAUCGCUGAAACUGGAAAAAGGGUUCUUGUCGCGAAGGAUGAUAUUCAGAAGAUGAAUCCACCGAAAUUCGAUAAAGUCGAAGACAUGGCUGAGUUAACGUGCCUCAACGAAGCCUCCGUGCUGCAUAACCUCAAAGACAGAUACUACUCCGGCCUCAUUUACACGUAUUCAGGACUAUUCUGUGUCGUGGUGAAUCCGUACAAAAGGCUACCAAUUUACACGGAAAAGAUAAUGGAGAGGUACAAGGGUAUCAAGAGACACGAGGUUCCACCCCAUGUUUUCGCCAUUACGGAUACAGCAUAUCGUUCUAUGCUUCAAGAUCGCGAAGACCAGUCGAUUUUAUGCACCGGUGAAUCCGGCGCAGGUAAAACCGAAAACACGAAGAAAGUUAUCCAAUACCUGGCAUACGUCGCUGCUUCGAAGCCAAAAUCUAACGCGACACCGAGUCCGGCAUUAAUCAUAGGAUCCGGAAAUGUUUCUGAUAAAUUUGCGGUAAUUAAUGGUGAAUUGGAACAACAACUGUUGCAAGCAAAUCCAAUUCUGGAAGCGUUCGGGAAUGCCAAGACAGUGAAAAACGACAACUCGUCCAGAUUUGGUAAAUUCAUCAGAAUAAACUUCGACGCGUCCGGUUAUAUCGCCGGAGCAAACAUCGAAACUUAUCUCCUGGAAAAGUCAAGAGCAAUUCGACAAGCGAAGGACGAGAGAACCUUCCACAUAUUUUAUCAGCUCCUCGCUGGUGCUUCCCCGGAACAGAAAAAGGAAUUCAUUUUAGAGGACCCGAAGCAUUAUCCUUUCCUCUCGAAUGGCGCGCUACCGUUUCCAGGAGUGGACGAUUCGGCCGAAUUCUUUUCAACGGUAAAAUCCAUGCAUAUCAUGGGCAUGACGAACGAAGAUUUCUCUUCGAUCUUCCGUAUCGUGUCCGCCGUGAUGCUUUUCGGUUCGAUGCAGUUCCGUCAAGAGAGAAAUUCCGAUCAAGCUACGUUGCCGGAUAACACCGUCGCCCAGAAAAUUUCACACUUGCUCGGCUUGAGUGUCACGGAAAUGACGAAAGCGUUUUUGAAACCGAGGAUCAAGGUAGGCAGAGACUUUGUGACGAAAGCACAAACGAAGGAACAAGUUGAAUUCGCGGUGGAGGCAAUAUCGAAGGCUUGUUACGAAAGAAUGUUCAGGUGGCUCGUAAACAGGAUCAAUAGAUCCCUGGAUCGAACGAAAAGGCAAGGAGCUAGUUUCAUCGGUAUACUGGACAUGGCUGGUUUCGAGAUAUUCGAGCUGAACAGUUUUGAACAAUUGUGCAUCAAUUACACGAACGAGAAAUUGCAACAAUUAUUCAAUCACACCAUGUUCAUCUUGGAGCAAGAGGAAUAUCAGCGGGAGGGAAUCGAGUGGAAGUUCAUCGACUUUGGAUUAGAUCUGCAACCAACGAUCGAUUUGAUCGAUAAACCUAUGGGUAUCAUGGCACUGCUGAACGAAGAAUGUUGGUUCCCCAAAGCUACGGACAAAACGUUCGUGGAGAAAUUAGUCGGUGCUCAUACCGUUCAUCCGAAAUUCAUGAAAACGGACUUCAGGGGCGUUGCAGACUUUGCUAUCAUACAUUACGCUGGAAAGGUUGAUUACUCGGCCGCUAAAUGGCUAAUGAAGAAUAUGGAUCCGCUGAACGAGAAUGUUGUUAGCCUGCUACAAAAUUCCCAGGAUCCUUUUGUCUGUCAUAUUUGGAAAGACGCUGAAAUAGUUGGGAUGGCCCAGCAAGCGUUAACCGAUACACAAUUUGGUGCAAGAACAAGGAAAGGAAUGUUCAGAACGGUUUCUCAGUUGUACAAGGAACAGUUGGCUAAAUUAAUGGUCACUCUUCGAAACACCAAUCCGAAUUUUGUCAGAUGCAUUAUACCAAAUCACGAGAAAAGGGCUGGAAAGAUCGACGCGCCGUUAGUUUUAGAUCAAUUGAGGUGCAAUGGAGUUCUGGAAGGGAUCAGGAUCUGUCGUCAAGGAUUUCCAAAUAGGAUACCGUUCCAGGAGUUUCGACAAAGGUACGAACUUCUCACACCGAAUGCUAUUCCAAAAGGAUUCAUGGACGGAAAGAAGGCCUGCGAGAAAAUGAUCCAAGCUCUCGAGCUCGAUCCCAAUCUUUAUCGCGUCGGCCAGUCGAAAAUUUUCUUCCGCGCUGGAGUGUUGGCUCAUCUCGAAGAGGAACGUGAUUACAAGAUCACCGACAUAAUUGUCAAUUUCCAAGCAUUUUGUCGCGGUUUCCUUGCGCGUAGAAACUAUCAGAAACGUUUGCAGCAGUUGAACGCCAUCAGAAUCAUUCAGAGAAACUGCGCGGCGUACUUGAAGCUUCGAAACUGGCAGUGGUGGCGUUUGUACACGAAAGUGAAGCCGCUUCUGGAGGUGACCAAGCAAGAAGAGAAGCUGACUCAAAAGGAGGACGAGCUGAAACAAGUGCGGGACAAGUUGGAGUCGCAGUUACAUUCUGCCCAAGAGUACGAACGAAAGUAUCAGUUGGCCGUCGAGGAGAAAACUAUGCUGGCGGAGCAAUUGCAGGCUGAGGUUGAAUUAUGCGCGGAGGCGGAAGAGAUGAGAGCACGGCUGGCCGCGAGGAAGCAAGAACUGGAAGAAAUACUUCACGAUUUGGAGGCGAGAAUAGAGGAGGAGGAGGAAAGAAGCGCCGCGUUGACUCAAGAGAAGAAGAAAUUGCAGUUGAACAUAAGCGAUCUUGAGGAACAGUUGGAGGAGGAGGAAGCCGCUAGGCAAAAGUUGCAAUUGGAAAAGGUUCAAUGCGACGCGAAAAUUAAGAAACUUGAAGAGGACCUUGCGCUUUCCGACGAUACGAAUCAGAAGUUGUUAAAAGAGAAGAAAAUUCUGGAGGAGAGGGCGAACGAUUUGUCGCAGACGCUCGCGGAGGAGGAGGAGAAAGCGAAACAUUUGUCGAAAUUGAAAGCUAAACAUGAAGCAACGAUCGCCGAUCUUGAAGAGAGAUUGUUGAAAGAUCAUCAGCAAAGACAAGAGGUGGAUAGAUCGAAGAGGAAAAUAGAAACUGAGGUGUCAGAUUUGAAAGAACAACUUGCGGAGAGGAAGGCGCAGGUGGAGGAACUUCAACUUCAGCUUGGCAAACGAGAGGAAGAAUUAAAUCAAGUGAUGGCGAAGAUGGACGAGGAAGGAGCAGCGAAAGCUCAAGCCCAGAAAGCUUUGCGCGAACUGGAGUCUCAGUUGGCUGAACUCCAGGAAGAUUUGGAAGCGGAGAAAGCCGCGAGAAGCAAAGCGGAGAAGUUGAAGCGCGACCUGAACGAAGAAUUAGAAGCAUUGAAGAACGAACUGUUGGAUUCUUUGGACACGACUGCCGCGCAACAGGAAUUGAGAAGCAAACGGGAACAGGAAUUGGCAACUUUGAAGAAGAACCUGGAGGAAGAGACGUCUGUUCAUGAGGCAACAAUGGCCGACACGCGUCACAAACAUACGCAGGAAUUGACAGCUCUGAACGAGCAAAUGGAUGCUUUGAAGAAGACUAAAGCCGUGUUGGAAAAAGCGAAAGCAACUCUCGAGGCUGAAAAUGCUGAUCUGGCAUCGGAACUUAGGUCUGUCAGCGCCAGCAGACAAGAGUCUGAUAGAAGGAGGAAACAGGCUGAACAGCAACUGGCCGAGGUGAACGCAAAAUUGGCUGAGAUCGAAAGAAACAGACAGGAAUUGGUGGAGAGGGUGACAAAAUUGCAACAGGAAUCCGAGAGUAUCAUGCAGCAACUGGAAACAGCAGAAUUGAAAGCUUCGGCGGCGUUGAAGGCUUCGGCGACUUGCGAAUCUCAGUUCACGGAACUUCAGCAGCAACUUGAAGAGGAAACGAGACAAAAGUUAGCCCUGAGUUCGAAAUUAAGAACACUGGAGAGUGAAAAGGAAAGUCUACACGAUCAGCUGGAAGAGGAAGAGGAGGCGAAGAGAGCCUUGGAUAAACAUGUCCUUUGCUUAAAUGUACAAUUAGCAGAAGCUAAGAAGAAGGCUGAAGAAGAGGCUGAAGCUGCCACGGCGUUGGAAGAAGCUAGAAAAAGGUGUAUGAAAGAUAUCGAAGCGUUUCAAAGACAAGUUGAAGAAUUGCAAGCCGCUAACGACAAAUUGGAUAAAUCGAAAAAGAAAAUUCAGGCGGAAUUGGAAGACAGCACUAUCGAGCUCGAAACGCAAAGAGCCAAGGUGUUGGAAUUGGAGAAAAAGCAGAAAAAUUUCGACAAGGUCCUAGCCGAAGAAAAAGCGGUCUCUGAACAAUAUGCGGAACAACGCGACGCUGCUGAACGCGAAGCUCGUGAAAAAGAGACUCGUGUGCUGUCCUUGACUCGUGAACUUGACGAGAUGAAUGAAAAAGUCGAAGAGCUCGAACGCGUUCGCCGAGGUCUGCAGUCGGAGCUCGACGAACUCGUGAAUAAUCAAGGAACAGCGGACAAAAAUGUGCACGAACUCGAGAAGGCAAAACGUGCCCUUGAGUCCCAAUUAGCGGAGCAACGUUCCCAAGUGGAGGAGCUCGAAGACGAAUUGCAGUUCACCGAGGACGCGAAAUUGCGUUUAGAAGUGAACAUGCAAGCUUUGAGAGCUCAGUUCGAGCGAGACUUGCAGACUAAAGAGGAACAGGCUGAGGAAAAGCGAAGAGGAUUGGUGAAACAGUUACGCGAUCUUGAAGCAGAAUUGGAGGACGAAAGGAAACAAAGAGCCGCCGCUAUUGCGCAACGGAAGAAAAUGGAGGCGGAUUAUAAAGACAUCGAACAGCAAUUGGAGAUGCAUAAUAAAGUGAAAGAGGAUGCGUUGAAACAGUUGAAGAAACUUCAAGCGCAGAUGAAAGAUUGCACCAGGGAAACCGAAGAGGCCAGAGCCGCGAGGGAUGAACUCGCUGCAACUGCUAAGGAAACUGAAAGAAAAGUGAAAAGUUUAGAGGCGGAUUUGAUGCAGUUGACCGAAGACUUUGCCAGCAGCGAACGAGCAAGAAGAGCUGCGGAGAACGAGAGAGAUGAAUUACAAGAGGAACUUAAUAACAAUGCUAACAAAGGUACGUUGAUGUUGGACGAGAAACGAAGACUAGAAGCUAGAAUCGCAACGUUGGAGGAAGAGUUGGAAGAGGAGCAGUCCAAUGGCGAAUUGCUGAUGGACAGAGCUAGAAAAGCUCAAAUAACUAUCGAGCAACUGACGAACGAUCUGACGACCGAGAGGUCGACUACGCAGAAAUUGGAAUCGCAUAAAUUGUUGCUGGAAAGACAGAACAAGGAACUGAAAGCAAAACUUACGGAAUUGGAGACUGCUCAAAGGGCGAAGACAAAAGCUACCAUGCAACAAUUAGAGUCGAAGAUCAAUAAUCUUGACAAGCAAUUGGAAACCGAAGCUAAGGAGAGAUUUGCACAGCAAAAGAUUAAUAGAAAGUUAGAGAAAAAAUUGAAGGAGUUAAGUUUACAAUUGGAAGAUGAAAGAAGAAAUUCCGACCAAUACAAGGAACAAGCGGAGAAAGUAAACGCAAGAAUGAAAGCUUUGAAGAGGCAACUCGAUGAAGCGGAAGAAGAAAUCAGCAGGCAUAAAGCUAUAAAGAGGAAAGCACAGAGAGAAAUGGACGAUAUGUUAGAAUCUCAGGAAGAGCUAACCAGAGAGAUCGCAAACCUUAAAAACAAAUUAAGACGAGGUGGGCCUCCGAUAAGCCUUAGUUCGACGCGUCUGAAACGUGGUUCCGUUCAAACCGGUGGCUCCGGCGACGAUUCGACGACGCAGGACGAAAGCAUCGAUGGUGAGGAAACUGUCAACUGAACGAAAGAACACGCCACUUAUUGAACUCUCACAACGCAGGAAAUCAAUAAAAAAAAACCAAGGUCCAAGAGGUGCACGCGACACUCGCUUCGACGAAAAUCGAGUUCCAAACAAUGAACUCGCUUUCUCGAGAUCGGGAAGACGAAUUUUACGCGUCCAACGAUACCAUUAGACGAAGACGGCUUUCUUCUGUACAUAAGAGAUCCGGCAGGGCCGUACCGAGUAGUAUUUUACUUUCGUUCUAUCGGAACUACACAAGAAAUGACGAACCUUAUCUACGAUACGAUGAAACAAUGAGAGACACACGCGAUAAUACUUAUUUUAAAUUUAUAAUCAACAGGUUUAUCAAAGAUCCGCGUCGUCAACGAUAAUAAUGUUCAACGAAAGAGAUUUAAGGGUAAAUUCUAACGAGGACUCUAACGUUACUGUCACUGGGUAUUAACAGUGCUGGGAUGCCAUACUUUGUACUAGCUUUAUCUUAAGAAUUUUUUUUUUAUAAUCGCAUACUUUUUCUAGACCGUGUUCGUCAUUUUUUCGUGAAAUAAAAAAAUGCUACUACUUCGCCGGGUAAGAUUCAGACUAGAAAUAUAUAUUAUUGGGGCUGCAUAAUCAAUAAC